ACGGAAUUAACUGAUAAGAAUCUAAUCUAACUUCCGUUGGUACUUGAUCGUAUAAAUUGAAACGAUACUUGAGGUAAGUACUAAUUGUUUCUUGGAGUUAGUCAAGGAACGACUCUUCCAGGCUUUCAAAUACAAAAUUAACCGCUGUGACGGUGCAGAUCUACACUGACGAUCAUGAAUGACAGUGACAAAGAGGUGAAAGAAAUUGUACUCCGCGAUGUAGAACCAGUUUUACGACAGAAACUUGGUAAUCAUGUGACCGUUGAAAACUUCACAACCGAGAUUCUGUUACCACCUGGAGAAAAUUAUGGGAGUAUGAUACUGAAAGUUACUGUUCAAGUGAGAAAUGAAAUAACUGGGAAGAAAGAAGAUCUUCAUCUCAUCGCGAAAAUGUUACCACCCACGGAAUUCCAAAGACUCAUCUUCAACUCUUUGGAAACCAUUAAGAAAGAAGUCUUUAUGUACGAGACCAUUAUGCCAACAUACAACAAAGUAGAACUCGAAGCUGGUAUUAAGCAAAACGAUCUAUUCGACGUUGUGCCCAAGUUUUAUGGAUUUAGACUGUCCUCGCAACCGAACGUUGAAUUAAACGACGAUGCUGUGAUCCUGUUGGACAAUUUAAAGAACAAGGGCUAUUACACUGGCGAGAGGACUAUAGGUUACGACUUGAAGCAUUCGGAAAUGGCGAUUGAAAAUUUGGCGAGAUUUCACGCUUUAGGAAUGGCCGUGAAGCUGAAGAAACCAGAAAUUUUCGAGGUGUUCAAAUCUCGGGCGAAACCCUUGAAAGUAGAAGGUAACCCCGAAGAGGUGAUCGGUUCGAUUAUGAAGAAAAUAAAAGAGCAUCCGGAAAUGAACUGUUAUGUUGAUAAGUGCUAUAACAAUAUGAAGGACAUGUUAAUGAAGGAUUUUUGGGUUGAUAUCCCUCGAGAACCUUGGAUGACCAUUAUUCACGGUGACUUCUGGGUGAAUAACAUACUAUUUCAUGACGACGAAAAUGGUCAGCCGGACGAUGUGAAAUUCAUCGAUUUUCAAAUAUACAUGUACGCCAGCUCGUUGCGAGAUUUAUUGUUUUUUAUGUUUGCAAGCGUCAGGACCGAUAUUAUCGGAGAACAAUUCGAAGGUCUUAUGGAUUUGUAUUAUGAUACGCUUCUAAGUAGAUUGCAGCAAUUAGAAUGCGACAUAUCAGGUUUCAGCAAAGAGGGAUUCAGAGAAAAAUUGGCAGAGGAUGCUUCUCACGAGUUCCUUCAUCUGUGCGUUAUGGCUAAGAUACUCACGUUGGACGUCAAAGAGUCCAACUUUACUUACGAUAAGUUGCACAACUUUUUAAUCGAUUAUGACGGAAAUCAAGAGUUUGUAGAACGACUCCUUAAGAUAGUGUUGUAUUUCUCUAAACACGAUUGGAUAUAAAUACGCGUUAUCAAACACGAUCAAAUCGAGACAUGGGUUUUAAGUGCUCUAGUUCAUAGUUUUCAUAAAAAAAGUUUAUUCGUUUACUAAUACUAAAUCAAAAUAUACAUAUCGUUUUAUUAUUGUCUUCGAAAGAGCAGCUUUUAUCGUCGUUUUAUUUUGACGAACGCGAUAAUUUAAUUAAUCAAGAUAUCGCAUCUGUUGAUUAUGAGCUUAUCUUGAAUGACUAUACGGACUAUAUACGGACAAACCAAUAACAACGUAAACAAUUCAUCAAAAUGGUGGGACAAGACAACAGAAAUCCGUGACAACCGCGUAAAACACGUCUGACAAGACAACAACGAAAGUAAUUCAUCAAGAUGGUGGAAUGAAAGUAGAAACAAUAAAUAAUUAAUCACUUUCAAACUGAUACAUGUAAACGUAUAAACAAUAUUUUCAUUGCACAUCUAUAUUACAGAAAGGUAUUUUAACAUCUUUGUGUUCCAAACUAGAUAAAGUGAUUAUUUUUUUUUAUUGGAAAUAUAGUGCAAAUAUAAUCUCGAGAAGAGGUAAAAGGAACUUUUAAAUCGACAUUUAUAUCGUAUAAAUAAAUUGUAUAAAUGUAAGUACUUUCGUUUUUUAGAUAAAUCGAUAAUAUCGUUUAAUUAUAUUUGAAUUUUAUUAAUAUUAUACAUUUCUAUUCAACUGUAUCUAAGAUAAUGAAUAUGAAAUGGAAUAAAUAUUUUCUACCAAAUAUCGUACACCUAUACUUUUUUAUGGAAAAACUUAAUAGAUUUUAAAAACACAGGCACAAUACAAAUCAAGUCCAACAAAAGGAAAACCGUUUCUUCGAAGAAUACCUCGUUUUUCUGGAAUUAAACAAUUUUGGGUUAUUAUGUUAUUUAGUUUGAAACUGAGACUUGGAUUUUCUAAAAUUAGUGUAAAGUUAAUAAUUAAUAUAUUAAUCUGUACUUUCACACGUGUUACUCACGAGAAUUGUUUUACUAUGAACUCUGAAGUUGUCUAUGUACUGGCACAAACUAUGAAGUUGUCUUCAUUAAUUUGCGCGCGGACUUCCCUUCAGUUUGAAUACCAUACAAUUUGUACGUAUCAUGUACGUAUUCAUGUAUGUGUUUCAUUGUCAGUUAAACGAUAUUAUUGUUUACUGUCGCUAUUGUGUAUAAUUCUCAAUGUUAUCUUUUAUUUCAGUAUGUACUUUUAGUAAAUUUAAUAAAUACUCUUGUUUAAUUAUCA